UGCUGAAAUUUUCCAUUUGCAGUUGCAGUGCCUGAUUCAAUGCAAAAGUUUCUCCAGAAAGUUUUCUGGAGGGGUGGUAAUGAGGCUUGAGGGAGAUGAACACAGGAAAGUUCAUACUAAAAAUGGCAACUUACUUCUCCUACAACAGCAAUCCCCGCUCAGAUGAUGGAGCCCUCCUUCAGCAGAUGCAGACUGGAAGAGAUGAAGCUCCUCAUGCCAGCGACCCUCAUCCUAAUCUUCUCUUUCUGCACCCUGGGUGCAGUGGCACGUGAAUACACCUCUGUCAUCACUGUGCCCAAUGGAGGCCACUGGGGCAACUGGGGCAGCCGGCAGUUCUGCCGCUACGGUUACGCCAAGGGAUUUGCACUGAAGGUAGAGCCCUCGCAGUUUGGAAAUGACGACACAGCUCUGAACGGCAUUCGGCUGCGUUGCCAGGAUGACUCAGUCAUCGAGUCCUUGGUGGGGAAGUGGGGUACCUGGACCAAAUUCCAAGGUUGUCCGAGAGGCUACUUGGUCUCCUUUUCACUGAGAACAGAGAAGUCUCAAGGAGGAGGUGAUGACACAGCUGCUAACAACAUCCGGUUCAGAUGCUCAGAUACGGCUGUGCUACUAGGUGAUGGGCUGUCAUGGGGAAGAUUUGGCCCAUGGAGUAAAAGCUGCAAAAUAUGUGGUCUCCAGACAAAGGUAGAGCCUCCACAAGGGCUUCAGGAUGAUACAGCACUCAAUAAUGUGAAGUUUUUCUGCUGUAAGUGAGCACUUGCCUCAUCUUCAUCACUGUUCCACUCAUCUCACAUCCCACAUCAAAUGAAACAUCAUCAAAGCUUGGCUCUAACUUUAUACUGGGAAAUGCCUGUGACUUUUUGACUAAAAAUACAAUUCAUGAUCAUGGGUUGCCUCCAUACCUGCAGGGAAUGGGUGAGAGACAGAACCAUGAAGGAAGCAGCAAGGAAGGACAAAGGAAGGUCCAGUCCAAGCAGAGAAUGAGAUGGAGGGGAGAGACUCAGUGACUUAGCUUCUUGUUGAUUAGCUUCUUGUACCUUUUUUUCUCUUGUGGCUUAGUUUAUGCUUGUGUCUUGCCAUACCACCUUAGGUGAAGAUUACAUGAUGCCUUAGAUAGUGAUGCCUUUUGUAGCUACCACUACUUGAGCAAUUACCCAAGUGCUUUGUAUUUAAUACAAUCAUCACAUCACGUAACCACUAGUGUAUCACUGUUAAAACACACAGUCUCUGAAAAUUGCUUAGAAGCAAGGAAUAGAUUUCUCAGCUUCUCUUGCUCUGACUAGUGAGUUUCCUUCAGGUUUGCUCUGCCUGUUUGUCCCUUUGUUUGAAACAACAUUUAACAUCUUGACAUGACAGACAGAGAAGAAUGGGUAAUAGCUUGGGUCAGCUUGAGGUUUCUGACCAAAGACAAAAAGACCAAUGUGAGCUAAACUGGGGAAAUGGAAAUAUGGGUGGGUUCAUGAGCAGCAUCAAAUAUUUGUCUUUAAUUGCGCCAGGAGCUGUAGACACUUUUUACAAGUAUUCUUUUAGCUCAUACCUGAGAUCCUGCCUUAGGGAAUGUGGUUAGAAGGUGUACUUACACUGAGCAUUCACAUUAGUGUGGUUAUAGUGCCAGCUGCGUAGGUUGUAGCUCCCUAAGCCUCUCUUGUUGAUGCUUUGGAGUGUGUUCCACUGGCUCAUCUAGCUGUUUCUAUCCAGUUCACAUCCUGUGCCCAGCACAUACACAACAGCAUUUGUCACUAGCUCUUCACCCAGGCUAAAUUUUCUUCCUGUCACAUCAAAAUACACUCAAAUAAUAACUGUAUUUUCUUUUAAAAGUAGUGGAAUAUAGCAGAUUAAAGAACAGAACAAGGCUAAUAUUUACUUUGGUUGAAAGAGUUUUGAUAACAAAAUCAGGGGGCUAGUCUUGAGCAGAUCACUGGUCUGCCUAACUCUCUGUACUGUCUCUGGUUGCAGUGCUCCAUAUCUAAUGGCUGUUGCAAUAAAA